AUGGGAGUACGAAGAAGUGCGAAAGCACUUGUUCAUAAGGGAAUGACGGUGUUUGCAGGCAGAUACCUUGAGAUCAAAGAAUCACCAUCUCAUCGGGUAGAAUUGCUGAAAAAAGACAGGGAAGCGGAAAAAGCUUUUAGGGGCGUAGAUAGUGCAAACGGUGUUGCAGAAACUGCCAAAACUGGGGUUCCGAACCGCAUUUUGGGUUUGGGUUUCUUCUUCAUUCUACUAGUGGUCCUGGUAAGUACAUUGACAAGGUUUUCCGGUUCGGACUCUCCACAAUGUCGACCGGUGUAUAUGUAUCCGUCUUACGCUCGAAUAGACGGGUUUGACGAAAGAUACACCCAACUGGCCAAGAAAUACCAUCUGUACUUGUAUCGGGAACAGGGCAAAGAUCGUGAGCCCAACGAGGAGGACGGGACGAUAGAAGUAGACGGCAUUCCAGUGCUCUUCAUACCGGGGAAUGCUGGAAGCUUCAAACAAGCACGGUCGAUCGCUGCGGCUUGUGCAAACGUGUAUUUUGAUGAACCCGACUCGAUCAAGAACCCGCACACGAAAAACCUGGACUUUUUCACAGCCGAUUUCAACGAGGAUUUCACAGCUUUCCAUGGCAGAACGCUACUGGAUCAGGCUGGAUACUUAAACGAUGCCAUUGCAUACAUCCUUUCGCUUUAUCGAUCCGAUAGUGGGCCUCUUCCCCAAUCUGUUCUCAUAGUAGGCCACUCCAUGGGCGGUAUUGUCGCAAGAGUGAUGCCUACUCUCAAAAAUUUCAGAGCGGAAUCUGUGAAUUCCUACAUUACACUAUCAGCUCCGCAUGCCGUGGCUCCUGUCACCUUCGAUGGUGAUAUGAUGAAGAUUUACGAGCGCAUAGACCAGUUUUGGAGAGCGCAGUACAAAGAAAGCUCCAGUUUCUACUCCCAAAAUGUCUCGUUGAUAUCGAUUACGGGCGGAGUUUUAGAUACCGUGCUGCCUGCAGAUUUCACCGCCAUUGAAGGAAUAAUACCUUACGGAAACGGCUUUACCACAUACACAACAACAAUUCCAAAACUAUGGACUCCCAUCGAUCACCUGGCGAUAGUUUGGUGCGAUCAACUCCGAAACAUUUUAGCGCAUAUUUUGCUAGAGUCUACAGACGUCCGAUCGCCCUCCAUGACAAGACCCCUUAGUGAAAGAAUGCACUUGUACCGCAAAUGGCUUCUCACAGGACUUGAAAGCUACACCAACCAAGACAAAACUGCGAAUGCAGCUCCUGUGGAUUUGAGUGAUACCUUCCAAUUUACCAAGGAGUACAAACAGGUGAAAAUCAAUGAACAAGAGGUUUUGACAUCAGGGGAUCUGAGAUCGGAAGCAUCUACUCGCAUAUUUGAUAUACCGAAAGCUUCACAAAAGCUUCAAUUUUCGGUCCUCACUAGCAUGGAAACCGUCAAGGUCCUCUUCUGUAAAGAACAACCAAACCAGGAGGGCAAAACCCUUGCAUUGGAAGAUGGCACAUCCAUUUGCAUAUCAGCAUCUGAAUACUUUGUCACUAUACCGAAGUCUACUUCUAAGAGCCAAUACCCCUCAGAUUCAUCCUGGGAUACAGGUGAUGACCCAUUCAGGCUUUUGAAUGUAAAUCAAACGACCAUACUUGCUUAUGACUUCAUAGCAAUGGACAUCGGACGGGGCAAUCCAGAUGCUGACUCCUUUGUAGCGGCAGAACUCACAGACAAAGUUACCACAACGGUCAUUAACGACAGUCCAUUCCGGAUCUUCUUCGAUGGGAUAUUCAGGCGGAACGAUAGAAAAAUUCCCUCGAGUAUGGUCACGAACUUUGAUUUCACAAGCCUGUAUUCCUCAAUCGUAUCUUACCGUGUCCAAACGCAGCAUCACGGAUUAAGCAAUGUAUUUCAGCCACUUCUUCGGCAGUCGGUGGAAAAGCCAUUUGAAACCAAGUGGCAUGUGAACCUAGAUCAAGGUCCUCAGGACAUCAACUUCCACAAUGUGGCACCUUUUGUUGAAUUGAACUCUACGCACGAUAAUUCUCUGAAGCUGAUGUUUAUCAGUCCACCAGGAGGAGAAAGCUCCAUGAACCUGAAGAUCAACUGGUCGCUAACGGUAAAGAUGUUGCUUAUCAGAUUUAGAUUGUCCAUUGUCGCUUUCACUGUUGCUUUCGUUUCUUUGGUGGUGGCUUUCCAGUUUUUUGAAUACGGGAAAGUUGGUCAAUAUGUUGCAUUCGAUUACGCAGUGUAUCGAAUACUGAACGAGCAUUGGUUUGGCUUAUGUAUCUUUUUGGGCUUAUUAACACCAAUAGCGAGCUUGCUAGGUUCACCUCAGAUUCCCAAUUUGAUCCAUGACAAAACUGGCGAAGCUUUGCCUGGCUUUAUGUCGAGGAAAAGUGCCUUGUUCCUCGGCACUCGUGAGACUUUUAUGUGGUGGCUAGGCCCAUUUUUCCUUUUGAUGACAGUUUCUUUGGUCUACCUUGUUUACCGCAUUGUAGUCACCGUUGAGGGCCUAGUGACUUGGACGUUCGAUGGAUCUAAAGAAGGCUGUGAAGUAGCCGAAAACAGCUCAGGUUCGAUAUGGGAUACUAACAGUCGAGGUUAUGACGUUAGACAAAUUGCUGGGUUAGUCAUUAUCAUUUUGAGCGUGAUAUUUUACAUCCCAUACCAGUUUGCGUUUGUUGUUCUGACUAUAGUGCAGGUAGUAUUCUGCUUAAAACUAGCAGCCAGUCCAAAAAGAUCUGAGAAGCAGCGUUUACUAAACUUCAACAAUUCGAUUUUGAUGCUGAUGCUAUUUCUGGUGCCAAUCAAUGCCCCGAUCGUGGUGGUGUUUAUGCGCAAUUUUGCCAUCAAAUGGCAAACUCCCUUUCGCUCCCACCACAACUUUCUUGCUGUUCUACCAAUAGUUUUACUCAUCGAAAGCAACGCCAGGUCUAGAAUGCCCCAAAGGCCUUCAUCUACUAAAGCUUUUGGGAGUAUCGCACUCAUUGGAUGGCUGUUGCACAUUUCAUUGUACAGUAUUCUCUUUGGAGCCAGAAAUCUGUACUGGCUACACCAUUUAUUCAAUUGUCUGUGCGCCAUGCUUUUCUUCAAAACCUUUGCUUGA